GGUGGUGGGUGGGAGGGCGUCACAUGAUGGGGUCUGGCCCUGCCAUGGCCGCCACAUUCUCCUCCGCAGCCUCGCACCGAGGGGCGAAUUAACCAUCCACUUUCAUCCCGCCUUAAUCCGCCGUCGUUUUACUCUCAGUCGCUCUCUGCGGGGCGGCCGAGACUCCUACAAAAGCACCGACGUUAAUAUCUCGGCGUUUAAUUUACGUUAUUUCCCUGCUCGGUAGUUCGUUAACAAAAAAAACCCCCGCGUAAUUGUGCGCUGUCGGAUACGGAAACGUUGGCGGCUUGAUGCCUCCGGCAUAAUGAACGCGGCCGACGAUAAGGUAGCCCGAAAAGUUCACGUAGAGCUCUACUCGCAGCAGCGGCGGCUGCGGCACCUGCGGAGCAUCUCCGCACGGAAUCUGGUGAACCCGGCAGGGAGGGCGCUGUUGGAUUCGUACUUCACGCUGCACUUGUGGCACGACAGCCACAUCCUACCCGAAUUUUACACAAGCGAGGUCAUACGCGAUUCUCUGAACCCGACAUGGUGCAGCCUGGACUUUGGGCUGAUGCCAGACAACCUGGACACAUCGGUGUCGCGUCUGGUGGUGCGCGUGUACGGCGGCAGAGGGGACCGCUUCUCAGCGCUCAUCGAGUGGGACGUGCAUCUCGACGGCCUUCGAUACGUGGGCCCCCAGAUACGGGCAGAUGCGCCGAAUUCCAUCGUGUUCGGAAUGACCGACGGUUAUUACGGAACUCUGAGUAAUCGCAAGAAGCUGGCGGACAGGACCCAGGGUAGCCUGCAGGUGGAUGAGAACAUUGUGCGGACUUCCUACAGCGUGUUCUCCCUAAUCAGGUUGCACACAGCUCAGCGCGCCAUCAAGCAGACCCAGGCCACCGUCAAGAGAGUUCACAGAGACAUUGAGGAGCGACUGCGCUCCAAGGCCAGCCACAUACUCAUGCUGAAAGACCGUGAGCAGCUGCAGAUAGGGAUCUCCAUGCUGCACUCGGAGCUGAAGCGACAGCGCCAGGCCUUGGAGAAGCAGACAGAUUUGCUGCUGCACACGCAGAUGGAACUCGCGCACCGAGCGGAAGAACUGGAGAAGAAAAGGGAAUGUCUGAAGCAAGAGUGGGAGACUGUGCAGAAAAAAAGACGAAAGCAGGAAGACAAGAGGUCCAUGCUGCAGAAAACCAACGCGCAGCUCACCGUGCGCAGACGGCAGAUAUUUUCCGAGCUCGCUUUCAUCUACCCCAUCGCUGCGAAUGACAAUGAAGAGCACUUCAUCUGCCACAUCAAGUUGCCCAACUCCGACAACUUCCAAGCCAAGGACGAGGCGAGCGUGUCUGGCGCGCUGGGCUUCACGGCGCACCUCGUGUGCAUGGUCACGCUCUUCCUGCACGUGCCGCUGCGCUACCCCGUGCUGCACCGCGGCUCCAAGUCGCGCAUCCGUGACGACAUCACCGACAAGCUCACCGACAAGGACCGCGAGUUUCCUUUAUACGCCAAAGGAAAUGAGCGCUUCCAUUUCGACUAUGGGGUAUAUCUGCUGAAUAAAAACAUCGCUCAGCUACGUUACUACUGUAGCCUCAACACCCCCGACUUGAGGCGGACCCUCUACAACCUGCGGGACCUGCUCGAGAGCAAGCUCGGGGUGCCCGCGAGCCGGCUGCGGCCCUCGGUGCCCCGGGGUUCUUCGGUGGCCUCCCCGGAAUCCGGCGGCGGAGCCCGGCAGCACGUCCUGUCCAUCAGCGCGCCCCUCGGUGUCAACGGUGAGAAGGAAGGAGGGACUUCGGGUUCCGCCACCGCCGCCGCCGCCACCCCCCCCAAAGAAGUCGGACCGAGGCAUGGUGGAGUGGAUCAAGACUUUCACGGAAGCCGACAAACCCUCGGCUGACCGGCCAACGGGCACCCUCAACGGAGGCUCCGCUGAUGCACACGCUGCACCCGCCACGCGAUUACACCCAGCGGAUGAGGCUGUCACACCACCACCAGCAGUGACGGCAGCGGUGACGACAGCGGCCUCAACAGUGGCCUCAACAUCAGCAUCGGAAACAGCAGCAGGCACCGCAACGCCAGCAGCAGCAGCAGCAGCGACAGGAAGCGGCAAAGCUUCGUCGUCGACGGCUCGACUCGGCGGCCCGGAUACGGAAAGCGCGCGGGACAAGACGUUCCCGAAGCCACGGCUCUACUACCACCACCCGGCGUCGCAGCGGGUGCAGGAGUUUGUGGCGACGGGCCAGGCGGAGGGAGCGUGGGCCGUCGGGCCGCACAGCGGCGGCGCCGGCGGAGAGGGGGAGGGGGAGGAGGUGGAGGCGGCGGUGGAGGCGGACAGCGACGAGACGGUGCUGGGCGCGCUGGACGCCGAGGAGCUGGCGCUCGUGCACUCGGAGCUCGACGAGUUCACGCGGCGCGUGCACGCGCUCAGCGUGAACGCGGCGCCGUUCCGCCGGCACCGCGGCAGCGAGGCUGCCGAGCCUUGAGCCGCGUCUCGACCGCACGCGGCAGCGAGAGGCGCCGGCGGUG